UCUCGCCGGUAAAACAACAACGCGCCAAAUUUGUGAUAAUUUCACUGUUGUCACUACCACAGGAGCGUCGUACACAUGGACAAGUUUGUCUAAUAUUUGUUAAAAAUCUGGGGAAGGCUGCUCGCUGAGGAAGGCUGUGCGGCAUGGCUGUGCCUUUUGUUCAAGACUGGGACCUUGUUCAGACUCUGGGAGAGGGAGCCUAUGGAGAAGUGAGGCUGCUGGUGAACAGACAGACGGAGGAGGCGGUGGCAGUGAAGGUGAUCGAUACCUCUCAGGCUAAAGAGUGUGCUGAAAAUGUCAAGAAGGAGGUCUGCGUCCACAAGAUGCUCAACCACCAAAACAUUGUGCGUUUCUUUGGCCAUCGGAAGGAAGGAGUGACCAUGUACCUCUUCCUGGAGUACUGCACCGGAGGAGAGCUGUUUGAUCGAAUCGAGCCUGAUGUCGGGAUGGCGGAGAAAGAUGCUCACAGAUUUUUCCAGCAGCUAAUAGCAGCUGUGGAAUAUCUCCACACUAAGGGCAUCACGCACAGAGACAUAAAGCCAGAGAACAUUUUGCUGGAUGACAAAGAUAACCUGAAGCUGACAGAUUUUGGCCUGGCCACCAUGUUUCGUUUCAAAGGACGAGAGCGUCUCCUGAGUCGACUCUGUGGGACUCUUCCCUACGUGGCUCCAGAGCUUCUUAGCCAAACAGAGUACAAAGCUCAGCCCGCAGAUAUCUGGGCUUGUGGGAUCGUCCUCACUGCCAUGCUGGCUGGAGAGUUGCCGUGGGACCAGCCCACUGAGAGCUGUCAGGAGUAUUCAGACUGGCUCCAAAAGAAAACAUACCUACCUCCUUGGAAGAAAAUACAGCCAAUGCCUCUUAGUUUGUUGUCCAAACUGUUGCUGGCCAGUCCAGAUGCUCGCAUCACCAUCGCAGACAUACAAAAAGAACGCUGGUUCACUCAAGGUGUAAAGCAGCCGCCUCUGGGCUCAGGAGGAAACAAACAUCUUCGAUCAGAUGCGGGAGUCAUAUCCCGCACCAACAGUGAUGACAGGAAUGUUUCCAGCUCUCAGCCUGAUUUUGCAGCAGGUGGCUGGGAAGCCAUGUUGUUAAUCAGCCAACUCGAAGGCCAAGUCAGCUUCUCUCAGCCGACCAAGCCGGAGCACAUGUUGCUGGGCAGUCAGUUAUUGGGCACACCGGGAGCCAGUCAGUCACCGUGGCAGAGAUUAGUGCGGAGGAUGACUCGUUUCUUCACCACUGUGAAUGCCGAAGUCUCCUUAUCCGCCCUGACGGAUGCCUGUGACGGCCUGUCACUCGGCUUCAAACUCACCUGCACCAAACAGGUGACUGUGAGCACGCUGGACAAACGCAAGAACAAACUCAUUUUCAAAGUCCACCUGCUAGAGAUGAAUCAGAGAGUGCUGCUGGACUUCAGACUGUCUAAGGGUGACGGUCUAGAGUUUAAGCGCCUCUUUGUGAAAAUAAAGCAGAAGCUCGGAGACAUUAUCAGCACUCAGAAGAUUUUACCCCCCAUGACAUGAGCCACCUCUACCAACAAAUGCACAUCGCUACGGACACUGUGGAGGGAGAACCUGUAUAUAUAUUUAGCUGUUCUAUUGAUAAAUGUAUUCUACUGUUCUCUUUGUGUGUGUGUGUGUGUGUGUGUGUGUGU